AUGAAGAGAAUACGGAUACCGCCUGUUUCUGCGGCAGUUUCUGACUAUAUCGUUAAAGCUGUAAUGGGAAACAGAAGUAUUAUACUAGAGAACUCCUCUAUAAGAAUGAUGCAGUCGAAUAGAGUGCGCAGAGAGGCUUGGGCAAACAUAUCGGAUGAGAUAUUUAGAAAAUUCAAAGUUCAUCUAAGUCCGUUACAAAUAAGAAAUCACUUUAACAACCGCAGAAAGAAGGUGCUUGGAGCAGAUAAUUUAGAGAAAAGAUAUAGAUUGAAGACUGGAGGUGGAAUCUCCCCACUGAAGGAACAUGAAAUCAAUAAAACCCAAUUAAACGAUGAAGAUUUGAAAAUGUACAACUACUAUACCUCGAAAACUGCUCACAAGGGACUGAAAAGUGCAGAUAGCCUGCAACUAGCAAAGCAGGAGCAACCAAUCUUAGAUCAGGAUGAAUUUCAUGACGAAGAUCUUAGAAGUAUACAGUCGGAAGAAAAUGACACUGAGGCCUUCGAAGACGAAAUAGAUGCAACUACUUUUGACGAAGACGAUGAGCCGGAUCCUCACAAUGUGUCGUUGGCCCAACUAAGGAAACUAGAAGCGAAGAGAAUUAAGUUUUAA